UUCAACAUGGCUCAUUAUUUACUUCGUGCGGCACCAUGAAUAAUUUUUGUUAUCUUUUUUUCAAGAGCUUGGAUAACAUUUGUCAAGUUCAACCGAAUCCGCCCAAUAUUAACUUCCUCGUUCGAGUUUACCUACGGUUGCCACGAUUUAAUGGCCGCGUACCACGUCAUGCCUGUAACAUUUCUAUAUAAAGAGAUCCCUGGAGUGUAAAGGGCUGUAACUAACUUCUGUGACAAACCAUUUUGUUCAAAUACCUUGUUGCAAAUAAUCUGACGGUGUUGCUACUUUGAAGACCAAGAAGAACGAUGAAAUUCGUUGCCAUUAUCUUCGUGCUGGCUUUGUUUGUUGGAGGCAACGAGGCUUGGUUAAGGCGAAGAAGAAGGCGCACUCCUACCCCUUGCAGACCUCGUAAUUGUCAACUCAGCGCCUGGUCGCAGUGGAGUUCGUGUCCGUGCGGAGCAAGUGGAACUCGAAAUAGAACAAGAAGAAUCAUAUGGCCAGCAACUUGUGGAGGUACAUGCUUUUUCCAUCGAUCAGAAAUGCAAUUUUGCAAGAGAGACUGUCAGAAUUCGGGAAUACCUACGAGAAACGGUUGCCUCUGCCCGCAUGGUUUUCUGGGAGCGUGCUGCGAAAUUGCAGUACCUUUAACAACAAGAGGAGAAUUGCGGACAACAACUGCAGCAAGUCAAACGCCAACACCAAGAACAUCAGCUACAAAACCAAGAUCAAGAUUAACGCCACUUGAAACAUCAGCAACAGCAGCACCAGCAACAACAAAAAGAUCCUCAUCAACAACAACAAAAGUGGAACAAAUACACCCAUCAUCGACAAUUUCAACAGUAUCAACAGAACAGUCACAGUCAAACGCAACAUCGAGGAUAACCCCAGCAAGACCAUCAACAAGCGCCACAGCUUCAUCGUCAGCGAUACCAUCCGCAAAGCUUCCACCGGUGCAUUUCCCAAACUUUCUUUCUUUUAACAAUGGAAACUAUAAUGUAUCCUGGAUUUACAACAGUGAGACAGACAGAUUACACUUUAUGAUCGAUGUCAUGGCAACCGGUUGGGUUGGGUUUGGUGUUGCCCGUCGUGCACCGACGGGCAUGCAGGGAUAUGAUGUGGCGGUUGGUGGAGUUUUAAAUGGAUUGGCUUAUUUGCAGGAUUAUCUCACAGUUGGCCUAGCACAACCUCAAGUUGACGGUCAGCAAGACUGGGUAUUAACUUACGCCAAAGAAGAAAAUGGAAAAACAACAUUGCAGUUGUAUCGCAGGAGAGACACUAGAGAUCCAAUAGGUGACGUCCGCAUACAGCAAGGAGCACCGAUUUUCCUUAUAUGGGCAUACCAUAUGACGAAUGACGCCCAGUCAGGCCUAUUGACGUUCCACGGUGGCAGAUCCAGAGGUUUCAGAAACGUUCUUCUAAUACCUGUCAUUACACCCACAGUGACAAGUCCAUCUGGUUUUCCAUCCGCGACACUCCAGCCAUCACCAUCUCCAGCUUUUGGUGGCAUGAAUGCGACAUCGUCUACAAAGCCACCCUUUACAGGAUGUGGAGGAAUAUUAAACAUGACAAGUGGAACAUUUGCAUCGCCUGGAUAUCCAUUCUCCUACACUAACAAUUUGAACUGCCUAUGGACUCUUCCUAUCCCUACCGACGGCGUUUUGAGUCUGCAGUUUGAAAGAUUUACCACAGAGCGGUGCUGUGAUUUUGUUGAGCUGACAGUCCGCACCGGGCAGUUAGCAAGAUUGAGUGGUUCUAGGAACGGAUUCAACAUCACAGUAAGAGGCGACAGAAGUCGGGUACUUAAUAUCAGAUUUACAACUGAUGGAUCGAUCACAGGACUUGGUUUCUUGGCUCGCUACGUCAUAAUAUUCGUGGCACAGCCUACAUCUUUUACUCCUUUUAACAACGUAACCUCGCCAAACACAGUACAACCACCUUCAAAUACCACACUUGUGAUCUUACCAACGGAAGUUCGAAGAGCUCUUAUUGAUUUACUCGUAUCUCUUGGUCGAAUUAUCGUGAGGCUCCAAGGACUUAUCCAAGGAGAACUAACUAACGACGCUUUCGAAAAUUUCCGAAAUAACACCCUGCUGAUUUUACAGCAAGCUGAGAGGCAGUUGGCGAGGCCUAAUGGCAGGUAUCUCGGAAAAAGGGCGAUACACGAGCUACCUGACCCAGAAGAACUGGCUCAAAUGAUGGACGAGAUUCAACGACGACUGUUAGACUAAGAUCGUUUCAUCUAAUCUAAAGAAGCCUGAUUGAGGACCUUACCUUUUAAUGUAGUGACGAAAUUUUCAACACCGAGAUAAAACUGAGCCAAGGAAUUGACUUUCCUUAACCUUUGUUAUUUCCUUUAAGAGUAUCAUUAGUAAUGAUAUAGCCAUAUUCCUUAACCCUUUACACCAUAACAUCAGUAUUUACAUUCUUCAUACUGUUCUCUGUACAUUUACUAAGGUGCUGACACGGAGAAUUUGUCUAGCAGCCAAGUGUGUCUUGAGUUGGUGAUCAUCUCUUUUAUUCUUGUGACUUUAAUGAGUGAUUCAGUGAUGAUAUUGUAAGGAGAAAUAAGACGCUAAUGACUCUUAGGGGUUAUUGAGUUUUUUCUCCUAUUGGGCGAAAUAAGUCAAUCAGACAAACUUUAUUUAUAGAGGGUAACACCUAAUAGUGAACCGACUAAUAAACAUGUGGCCCUCUUAAUUAACCCUUUACACCCUAAGAUCAGUAUGCAUAUUCUCCAUACUGUUCUCGAUACAUUUCUUUAGGUGCCGACAAUGAGAAUUUAUGAGACAAUCAAGAGCUCCUUUAAUUGCUGAACAUUUCUUUUAUUCUCGUGACUUUAAUGAGUGAUUCAGGACUGAUAUUGUAAGAAAUUAGAUGCUGGUGAUUCUUAAGGGUUUAAGGGUUAACAAAUAGGUAAAAAGCCCCACAGUAGAUAUUGCAUAGCAAACAAGCUCACAACGCACUGUAAUCAAAUAUAAUAAAACUUAUCAAACGUAUGUUAACAUGUAAAAUUAGAUGCUAAAAUUGUUGAUAGUAUUAAAAAAUGGAACAAGCUGUGAUAAAUGCUCAAAAAUGAAAUAUUUAGGAGUAGCGAUUACAUUAUUCCUCGAUGUUGUUGACUAGAUAUUAUUGUUACCAAAAUUUUUGUUUUUAUUUUUUCUUUCUUUUUUUUUUUUUUUUUUACUCUGCGUAUGACUUUCGCGAUCGAUAUUUUAGAAACUGAAAAAGCCUUCUAAUCUUUUUGCGGUUCACAUAAAAAAGACAUGCUUUACUGUGAAGAUUGUAUAGCUUAUAUAGCUUAUGAAAACAAAAUGUAGGUUGCAGUCUGAAAUGUGUAAGUUCAUACAUCUUCGUGCAAUGACAUAUUCUCUGCGGAGAUAUAAUUUCGUUCUUAAUGAAUAAAGAUUGCAACCUUGUCAA